CAAGACUCCUUCCACUCUGCCUCUGCAUCUCUCUCUCUCUCUCUUGCUUUCUCUGAUUCUCUCUACCCCUCUGCUUCUCAGAGCCCUGAUGUUACCUUUCCCUCUCUCAAGAGCACUCAAUCUCGGAUUUUUUACUCUUUGCGGAAUGAUCCAUCAAUCUCUUGCCAUUUCUUGUUCUUCAAUUCCAAUGCGUCUCUGAUUUUCUCUCCGCAUUUGAUUUGCUUCCUCUCUUACUAGGGUUUCUCUCUCUCCCCCCCCCCCCCUUUCAGUUUCUUACUCUUUUUCCCACUACUUAGUAUGAUCCACCGCUAUCUCACUACCCUUUAUUUCUUACUGACCCAAUUUCCCAAUCCUCUCAAUCUUCAAGCUAUCAAAAUCAAAAUCUUGUGAUUUUUUUUAUCUUUUUGUUGUUGAUUGCUGUAAAGUGGGUUUUGGUUUAAAAGGAAAUGAGGGAUGUUCUCGUGGCUGGCAAGGAUAGCAAUGGCGUGUUGGAGACCUGUCAGUCGAUAUGCCCGUAUGAGCAAGGAUGAUAGUGUUAAUAAUGAUGAUGAUUCUUCCUUCGGUGACUCACUUCUCUGGUCCAAAGACCUCGAGAAACACUCUUAUGGGGAAUUCUCUUUCGCUGUAGUUCAAGCCAAUGAGAUCAUUGAAGACCAUAGUCAAGUGGAAACUGGUCGCGAUGCCACCUUUGUUGGCGUCUAUGAUGGGCAUGGUGGGCCCGAUGCAUCUAGGUUCAUUUGUGACCAUCUGUUCAAAAAUCUCAUGAGGCUUGCUGGAGAAAGAGGAACCAUCUCCGAAGAAAUCCUUAGAAGCGCCUUCUCUGCAACUGAGGAUGGAUUUCUUACUCUUGUACGUAGGACUUGUGGACUAAAACCAUUGAUUGCAGCAAUUGGAUCUUGUUGUUUGGUUGGAGUUAUAUGGAGAGGGACAUUAUUCGUUGCAAAUCUGGGUGAUUCUCGAGCUGUAAUCGGUUGUUUAGGUAGAUCUAAUAAGAUACAUGCUGAGCAGUUGACUAAGGAUCAUAAUGCAUGUUUGGAAGAGGUUAGACAGGAGCUCAAAUCCUUGCAUCCAGAUGAUUCACAUAUUGUAGUUAUGAAGCAUGGUGUUUGGCGCAUCAAAGGCAUUAUUCAGGUAUCCCGAUCUAUAGGUGAUGCAUACUUGAAGAGGCCAGAGUUUUCUCUUGAUCCUUCAUUUCCACGAUUUCACCUUCCUGAGCCAAUUCGCCGACCUGUGCUAACAUCAGAGCCAUCCAUAUGUUCAAGAGUUUUACGAACCAAUGAUAAAUUUCUCAUAUUUGCGUCUGAUGGGCUUUGGGAACACAUGACAAACCAAGAAGCUGUGGAAAUUGUGUAUAAUUAUCCACGCACUGGAAUUGCAAGAAGACUUGUUAAAACGGCUUUAAAAGAGGCAGCUAAGAAGAGGGAGAUGAGAUAUGAUGAUCUUAAGAAAAUUGAUAAGGGAAGCAGGCGGUUUUUCCAUGAUGAUAUAACAGUGAUUGUCAUCUUUAUAGACCAUGAAUUGCUGAGUAAAAAUAUCGCUGUACCAGAGGUAUCAAUACGAGGUUUUUUCGACACUGUUGGACCAUCAAAUUUUAACAUUCUCCAUGGAAAUUGAUGGUAAUACAAUGUCCAUUAUCCGAAGUAGCAUGCAUUGCUUGAAAUGGUAGCUUUGGCCACUGAAGAGUUUGGCAAGUUUUUGCCUUCAUUCCUCUUCUAGUCUCUCAAAAACAUUUGAGUGCUGUUCCCUUACCCGCCCUCUUCUUUUUCUUCCCAAUUUUCUUUUCAAAUUUAAUCUAGUUCAUGGAGCCUGAUUUCUUUUAACUUUGGUACGUACUGCAUGGCGAUAAGCCUGUCAAGGAAGCUACUGUCUUUUUUUUGGUUUAACAUGCUGGACUUUUGUACACACAAGUUUGUAAAAUUUAUACACGAUGUUUCAAUAA